CUGCCAUUCUUCGACCCGACCAAAUUCCACCCGAAUCGAUCCAUUUUUUAUUGACCGGUCGCACGCGACCACUCGGUUCACGUGUACACACAUACACCUCGUCCGACCAAGUUCACGGUGACGAGUAGAACGUGCUUGGACCGUAUCGCCGACGCCGACGCCGACCCCGACGUUUAGGGGUUGCGUCUUCGACGACGUUUCGUCCGUCUCGUUACGCAGUGACAAUCGUAUGCCAUACAUCGUAUGCCGUAAAACGGUCGAACGUCAUCGGCGAUACAUGGAACCUUGGAGAGUGCGUCGAGUGGAAAAGUUCGCCUUCGCGAUUCGCGAUACGUACGACCAGCGGUACGAGACAAGGGAUUAAUUGCAUAGGACUUUGCCACGAUAAAUAUUCGAACGAUACCGUGGCCAGCGUAUGUCAGCUCCACAUUCGCGUCCUACGAGUUUACAUAAGCAUGCUUUUAAGACAAUGUGAUAAAAAUUCUAUUAUUGUUUCAAAAAGUGAAACGUUAUCGUGCUAGAAUAAUAAUUACUCGCGGUGGCUCGCUAACAACCAAGCCGACUCAUCGUUGUUGGCACUGAUCUCGUACUAAAUUGGUCAGAAGGUUCUAGAGGCUCCAGAUAACAGACCGAACGGCGACAGUCGACGAUCCACCACGCCGAAACCUAUCUCGAACUUGACCCAGACUCGACGACGCCGAACGUGUUCCACUCGAAUCUGACAAUCGAACCUCACCUAAAAUCGCAUCCGACGAUCGCACGCCGAGAACCCGAGACUUACUGUCCGACUGAAACUGCAACGGUGUCCCUGAAGGGACAUCCUCAAAGUUUGAUCGAGGGCACCGAUCGAACCGACCACGCAACUAUUCGUAGUUUAAAAAAAAGUUUUUCACUAACAGCGUUGAUGAAACAAAGAUAUGGGUAUCGAAUCGUGAAUCACUGGGUGAGCGAAAUCUGUUUCGCUGCCAAGAGACAAAGGAAAGGCGAUCGUGGGCGGCGGGUCGAAGCGCCGAAAGAAAUUUCGUACGAAAUAGAGGCCCCCCGGGGAUUCGUUCGCUCUCGUCCAACGGAAUGUUUUUAUUCUCGGAACGAACGCGCGGCGCGACUUUCACGUCGGCCUAUACGGCACCAAACAAACGACCGAGACCGUGGUCCAAGAUGCCGUCGACCAAACAGGAUUUGGCAAAUUCAACCUGAAGAUCAUGGCCGUCUCCAGCAUGAUCUUCAUGAACGUCGCGUUCAGCAUAACCAGCAUCGGGUUCAUAUUGCCGUCCGCAGCGUGCGACUUCCAGAUGACCACGGUCGACAAGGGGAGGCUUAGCGCCGCCCCCAUGUUAGGUAUGUUGGCUGGCUCGUACAUAUGGGGCUGCUACGCAGCGAUCAGAGGUCGGAGAAUGUCUUUACUGGUGGCACUAUUUCUACACGGUGUCUCCGAAUUACUGGCAUCGAUAGUCCCGCUCUAUUGGAUCUUUCUGUUUCUCAAGUUCCUGAGCGGCGCAGCCAUGAACGGACAAUCGGCGGUGGUGUUCUUGUACCUGGGCGAAUUCCAACCGACCAAAUAUCGAGACAAGAUGCUCUCGUGGAUGGAAAUGGCUUGGGUGGCUGGGAUGAUAAUUCUGGCAGGGGUUGGUUGGAUCGUCAUCCCGCUGGAGGUGAACUUUGUUUACGAAGGUUACUUCUUCCACUCGUGGAAUCUGUUCGUCUUCAUAUGUUCGCUCCCGGCCUUGUUGACCGGCUCUUGGCUGUUGUUUUUCCCGGAAACGCCCAAGUAUCUCGCGGAGACGGGCAAUAAUGUGCAAAUGUUGGACGUUCUGAUGACAAUGUACUCAGAGAACAAUGCGCAACCACCCAAGGAGUAUAUCACGAAGCUUCGUAACUGUGGCAACAACAAUUUGAACGAUCUGGUGCACCGAAUAAUGCACACCAGGGAGCCAGAGGACGUGGCAGAAAGAUCGUUCCACCGUAUGUUAAACGACAUAUGGACAAAGACCAUGACGAUACUCAGGCCUCCGUUCCUUUGCCGAACGAUCGUCAUGUGCCUGAUCGCCUGCUUCGUCACGUCCUCUUAUUACACGCUGACUCUGUGGCUACCGGAACUGUUUCACAGAUACGCGGACUUUCAUGAUGCGUACCCCGAUCAAACGGCCAGCGUUUGCACUCUGAAGAGCGCGAGGAAUGCUACGUCGACGAUGGAACACUCGGAGGAUCCGUUCGGCUGUGACUCCAGAGUACAAACGAGCGUGUUCGUGCACACGUUCAUUUUGGGUGCUUCCUGUAUACCCACGGGCCUGCUGUUACCCUUACUCGUCAACUACUUGGGAUACAAAUUCUUCCUCGUGAUAACAGCCUUUGUCCCAGCUAUCGUGACGGCUUGUCUCUUCCUGGUACAAACGUCCACCCAGAACUUGAUACUCUCGUGCGCUUACGAGUCCGUCACGUCCGUUUGUCUGAGCGUGGUCUACUGUCUUUUAGUCGACCUUUAUCCGACGCACUUGAGAGCGAUGGCGUCCGGUUUGUCGGCCCUGAUCAGUCGUAUAGGUGCCAUCAGUGGUACUCUGAUGAUCGGGUAUCUGAUCGACGAUUACUGUACGUUAGUGAUCAUCAUCGUAGCCGCCCAAAUGUUCCUGAGCGGUCUGCUGGCCCUGUUCACGCCGGGACGUAAGAAGAGAUCCAAGCCGGACAUCGAGAAAUCUUAACCAGAGUGUCCUUAAAGAAAAUUGAUCGGUCGACGGAGCGAGGAGAGCGGCGAACCGAAUUUUCAGUUAAACCAGGAGCUUUCGGUAAAUCUAGAAGACACGAACUCCAACUAGAACUAGAGAAUCUCUCCUUUGAAAUUAUUGUUACAAUAAUCCCGUUUUAACGGCAGACAAUUAUGAGUCAAUAGUAUUUCUUAUCAAGCUUUACGACGACUCACGAGCAAGCGAUCUUCUAAUUAUUAUCAAAGUACGUUCAACCCACACAUGUACUUACUAACAAGACGUAUAGACGAACGCCGUUGUACGUCUUGUUAAUAUAUACGCCGUGAUACUUAAUAUUUAGGAAGACGUGUGCAACCGCUCCAAGUAUUUUCCGACGAGUCUUGAACUUUCACGCUCGAGCGAUCAGUAUAAAACGCACAGAUAAUUUCGCGUGUACUCAACGAAUACGAAGAAUUGACGAAAGUGGAAUUCAUUUUUUAAACUGACUCGGUGACGGUCCACCGAUUGAAAGUGUAACGAUUCAAGUACGGCAGGCAUUCCGCUACUAUUACUUUACGUCUAUACGUAUAUACGCUGUUAAAGAUGUUCACGCCGAACGCGCGUUCCGUACUUACGUUUAGAACUCAACGCGCACGACUAGAGAUAAUCGAAAUGGAAAAUAACAGAAACGCGUGAGUCUAUCGUUGAGUUAUUCUCGGGAUCAACGAAUUUAUAUGAACGGUACUUAAAAUUAUUAUAACGUAGAACGUAUUCGACGAAAAGAGUUUCGAGUAAACGUGCUAGAUCGAUCUGUUUGGUACUUAACGAGAUGGCGGCGGGGGAAUAGGUGUGAGAGGAGUCUCGGAUACUCGAGUAAACCGAUUAUCGCAACGAUCGUUGUUCACGCGACGCUGACACGCUGAUCGGUCAGAAUCGAAACGACGAUCGCAUCUCAUUCGUCCGACGGGGUUUACUCUUCUAUUUUUCUAUGUACCACUACUUUUUAUACACGUAUAUGUAUACGAAUAUGUACACGUAUGGACUUUGUCGCGUAGACCGUUUGUAUAUUCGCCAUUCGAGUACAAUAAAAAUUACAAAAGUACAAUAUAAAUA